AUGAUAGAUUUUUUUUUAGGAAUUUCUCUUCAACAUCUGAAGUUCUCAAACGAAAUCUAUAAUCCUGGAUUAAAAUAUUGGCUUCACACUCGCUAUAGUAAAAAUUAUCAUGGUUUUGAGUCAAUUGAAGUUAUUAUAAAAAAAACGAAAGUUGAUUCAUCGACAUCUGCAACCAUUCAUUAUUAUUGGGACUUACUUUGGGCUUUUGAAUAUAUUAGACAAAUCCCACUUAAUUAUUCAAAGUUGAAACAUUAUCAAAGAAUCAAUCACAUUCCAGGAAUCAUUCAUCUUGUAUUGAAAAGCUUCAUGGCGACAAAUACUGAUUUGAAAUACGUUCCGAAAGCUUUCACAGAUAUCGAAGAGUUGACAGAAUAUGCGAAUAAACAUCCAGAGAAAAGAUUUGUUCAGAAAUUCAAAGCAAAUCGUGGAGUGUCCAUAAAAAAAGUUAGUGAAAUGAAUUUAACAGACACCAAAAACAUAAAUCAAGAUUAUUUCGCUCAAGAAUAUGUUGAAGAUCCUUUUUUUAUUGAUGGUCAUAAAUUUGAUUUGAACAUAUUUGUGGUGAUAACAUCAGUGGACCCACUAAGAGUUUAUUAUUACGGAAAAACUUAUCACUUUAGAUUUUGUAACAAACCAUACGAUCCGAAUAACUUUAAAGAUGUAGAAACUUAUGCUGUUGGUGAUCCUCAUAUUCCUGGCUUAAACUUCACUUAUGUUGAAACAUACUUCAAAAAAACAUACCUUGCAAAAGAAGUAGAAAGAAAUUUUGAUCCUCAAAUUGUUGAUGAACAGAUAGAAGAUUGCAUUAGGAAAAUUACUCUAAUGAAGGAACCAAAAUUUAUUGAAGCGAUUGCAGAGUUGAAAGCAGCAUUUGGAAAAAAUCAUUUCUUCGAAUUACUUCGUUUUGAUUUUAUUCUCGACUCAAAGCUUCAAUUAUAUUUAAUGGAAGUCAAUAUGAGUCCAAACUUGGAAGCACACGCCAGAAUUCGAAACACCAAACCGAUUCUUGAGAAUGUUCUUUAUAAUUUCUUCAGACUUAUCGGCAUUGAAGGCAGCACGAAAAAUUCCAGAAUAAGAAAUAUUUUAAAUGAUAAAAUAUUCUGCCAAACAGAUGGUUUAACCGUUCUUCCUGAAAUAUGCAUGAAAAAACCUUGUAACGAAUCUUGUGAUAAUUCUGAAUGUGAUUUAUGUUGGAAUUGCAUGGAUGAUUAUUUUAUUACGGACUUGAGAACAUCGUAUUAUGAACAUAUGAACAUAGGCGACUUUGUUCGUGUCAUUCCACCUUAA